AUGGGCUGGAGUAUGAGCGCAGGUCAAGCAUUCCAGUGGGCUACGCAGUACUCCGACUUCAUGGAUCGGGUCAUCCCUGACUGUGGCUCGACCAAGACGUCGCUGCAUAAUUCAGUCUUCCUUGAGGUGUCAAGAGUGCUGUACUUAGCGCGAAAGGAGCUGCCUCGGCUGCCCUUCUACAGAGAGAAGGUGUAUAUGACCGCGCCGGCUUUGGGGUUCAAAGACCUGGAGGACUUCAUGGUGAACUUCUGGGAAGCUUGGGCCUGGGACAAGGCUGGUGAUGUCUCGGCUCAGGAGCCAUACAACGGCAACUUCGAUGCGGCUAUGAAGGGAAUCAAAGCUAAGACUCUUGUGCUGCCCUGCAAGACAGAUCUAUACCUUCCACCCGAAGACUCAGAGAUCGAAGUGCAAGAUAUGAGGCCAGGCGUCGGCGAACUCGCUGUGUUCCCAAUCAAUAUGGGGUCACUAGGCUGGAGGCCCGGGACAGUCGACAGAAGAUGCGAAGUGGCCUCAAGAGAAGCUGAGAUAUAUGUUCGACCGUAA